UUUCGAACCUGCAAAUCCAAAACUUAACAGUGCCUUGAACAGAGUGAAGGAGCUCGAGCACAGAUAACUAACAAUGGGGAAACGAAUUCGGAAAAUGAGAUCGAUCCGUUGCUGCGUCUCUCCUCGAUUGAAGUUUCUAACUCCUCACUCCAUCUUCUCCUGGUAUGAAGAGGACACGUGGACAGAGAUUGCAAAGUAUUUGGAUGGGAAGUCGUUGAUAAUGCUUGCAGCAACUUGUAAGUGGUUCCAACAUGUCAUCAUGAGUGAGAGUGUCUGGAAGCACGCUUCUUUGCGUGACCUUGAGGUUUCUGAUCCUGGAAAAGUGGGUUGCAAAUGGAUUAAGCUAUACGCUACAGCCUUCGAUGGCAGUCAUUCUUACAUGUUCCGCCAGGCAGAUAAGCACAUUGACUGGAUGCGCAUUGGAGCUUUUGUUUUCGAUUCACAAGCUGCACUUCUUACAGAAAAUCUAAUUACUCCUUUAAGAAUCCCAAGAGAAGAAACAACAGAAGAAAUGGUGGAGCUGAAUGGCAGAUGCGUGGUAAGCCCUAUCAGGAGUGGCAUUUGGCUUGCUGAUUUACAACUUGUUCGAUGCCCGGUCUGUGAUCUCAAUACAUGUGAUGGAACAAUGCAGACAUUAGAUGCAAGACACAUUGAGCUGUUCCUGAGUGAGGGGUACCAGGAUGGAAGCUGGAAUUAUGAGUUGCUAGGGACCCAUGAGGUGAAGAAGAGAGCAGAUGGAGCAACUGCUGCAAUUUUUGAUAUCAGGCAUCUCAAAGAUUGCACCACCCAAAUGGUUCUUGAUUUUGACUCAUGGAAGGGGAAACCAAAUGAUUGGCAGCCUAAAUCUGUUGUUGCCCCUCAUGCAGUGGCAGUCAACACCAACUUACAACCAAAUGACGGUCUUCAAGUGAAAUACCAUGGCAUGAAGGCAGGAAGCGAUGGUGAAAUAGUUUCAAUCAGAAUAUCUCAGCAACUACUUUAGUCACUCCUAUGAUGAUUCUGAAUGCCCUGCAUAUAUAUCUAUACUCAUAAUUUUAGUCCAGGCUGGAAUAGAGGUUCUUUUAAUGUCAUCUUUCUUACCAGACGAUGUUUUAAACUUGCGCCAACUUAGUCUAGCAGUUCAGGACGUUCUCAAUUACUUGGUCUAAUUAGCGACCUAGCUAUGGAGAGAUACUUCGUAUAUCAUCAAUUUUGUCUGCUAAAAUAAAAGUACAACUUUUACCCAG